AGGAUGAACCGAGGCGGCCGCGCGGAGCCCACGCCGCCGGAGUGCGCGCUGGCGGCGGAGAUGUUCGACCAUUUUUGCUCCGCCGGCACCAUGAAGCAGAUCCUCGCGCUGCACAGGGAGAUAUGCAACACGCUCACACUCAAACCGAACAGGCUGCCGGACUUUUACCCUAAACUUAAGGCAAAACUAGCGAGCUCAUGGAAGGCGCAGGCGCUGUUCAAGAAAUUCGAUGCGCGCGCGAACCACAAGGUGUACGGGAAGGGUCGCGUGUGUUCCACGAGCAAGGUGCUCAUCAUCGGAGCCGGUCCAUGCGGGAUGCGAGCCGCCAUCGAGUGCCAGUUGCUUGGUGCGAAAGUGGUGGUGGUGGAGAAGCGAGACCGCAUGUCGCGCAACAACGUGCUGCACCUGUGGCCGUUCGUGAUCCAGGACCUGCGCGCGCUCGGCGCCAAGAAGUUCUUCGGCAAGUUCUGCGCCGGCUCCAUCGACCACAUCAGCAUACGACAGCUGCAGUGCAUUCUUAUGAAGGUGGCGCUCUUACUCGGCGUGGAAAUCCAUGAAGGAGUCAGCUUCGAAGAGCUACUAGAGCCGACCGUCAAGGAAAACUCUGAAACUCUAGGUUGGCGCGCGCGCGUCUCCCCCAUGGACCACCCUGUGUCGCAGUACGAGUUCGACGUGUUGCUCGGCGCGGACGGCAAGCGGAACACGCUGCAAGGAUUCAAGCGGAAGGAGUUCAGAGGCAAGCUCGCCAUGGCCAUCACGGCCAACUUCAUCAACAGGCACACGGAGCAGGAGGCAUCGGUGCCGGAAAUAAGCGGCGUCGCGUUCAUAUUCAACCAGAAGUUCUUCAAGGAGCUGUAUGAAGUGACCGGCAUCGACCUGGAGAACAUAGUUUACUACAAGGACGAUACGCAUUACUUCGUCAUGACGGCCAAGAAGCACAGCUUGCUAGAUAAGGGCGUGCUUCUCAAUGAUUUCACGGAAGUGUCGCGUCUCUUGAGCGUGGAGAACGUGGACCGCGGCGCGUUGAUGCGGUACGCGCAGGAGGCGGCGCGGUUCUCCACAGACGGCCGACUGCCGCUGCGGGACUUCGCGCUCAACCACUAUGGCGAGCCUGACGUCGCGCUCUUCGACUUUACCUCUAUGUACGCAGCAGAGAACGCCAGUAUGGUGUACGAGCGGCACGGUCGUCGCCUGCUGUGCCAGCUGGUGGGCGACAGUCUGCUGGAGCCGUUCUGGCCGACCGGGUCGGGGUGCGCGCGAGGGUUCUUGUCGGCGCUGGACGCCGCGUGGGCGGUGCGGGCCUGGGGCCAGUCCCCCGCGCCGCAUCCGCUAGAUGUUAUAGCAGAGAGAGAAUCGAUAUACAGGCUGCUCGCACAAACAACGCCAGAGAACCUGCACAGAGACUUCGGCGCAUACACGCUGGACCCGGGCACCAGGUAUCCGAACUUGAACCGCACCGCCGUCACGCCGCACAGGGUGACGGGAUUCUACGACUCGGACGACCCGCUGGCGCUCGACGCCACCUCCACCGCCAGGAAGAGACGUAGAGAAGCGGAGGUGUCGGACGAGGCGUUAGUGUCGUGGGUGGGCGCGGCGGAGGGCGGGCUGCGCGGCGCGGUGAGUCCGCCCGCACUCGCUGCGCUGCUGCGCCGCUACCGGCCCGACCUGCUGCCUCCGACUGCACCGCCACGCGCAGUCUACCACGUGCUACACCACGAGUUCGGCAUAGCGCCUUUCUCGUCCGGCGGCACCCUGCGCGACGUGCCGGACUCGAAGGUGCGCUCGUACCUGGCGCGCGUGUACAACGCGUUCAAGGGCGAAGUGCCCCACGUGCACCACGCCACCGACGUGUUCGACCAAAUCAAACAGAGCCAACAGAAAGAGAUAAGAAAAUUGACCGACCAUUCGCCUUCAGUAUAUUCGAACGCAGCGGAUACGGAAAAGUCCCAUUCAAGCGGUAGAAAAAAACGACGCGCCCUGCGCACGCCACAAGUAAGUAUCGAUCCGGCCGAGUAUAUCAGGAAAAAGAUCGGCAAACUCGACCUUAACGACAUCACGCAGCUCGCCAAACUCAUAGAGGGGCACGACGCCGCCACCGCCGAUCAACAUCUGGACAAACAAAACAACCUGCAGGAACAGAUCAUCGCCUUACUGGACCCCGAGGAGUCGCCAGACCCGAAGGUGCUGAGGCAAUCGCUUGCGCAACUUCUCUCCGGCCCGACCAAAACCCACGUUAAGCAUGAUCAGUCGAAACUGGCUCAGUUUUUCCAGGAAAAACCUGAGAAGCCGGUCAAGCCGCCGCGCAGGUUGAAAGGCCUCGAUGCGAGCACUAUAAAAAUAACAGACUUUUCAGAGUUCGAUGAUUCAAAUGAUACUGAUGCGACGCUUGUUGGUGUUGAGGUAAAGAAGAGCAGAGCUUCGUCUAUAGAGAGUAAAUUGGCAAGAUCUUCGGAAAGUCCGGUUCGCGUACCUAAAGAUAGGCGGCUGUCCGAAGUCCUUGAAAAACGAAGGCAUUCACAAAGUCCAGAUAUCGUAUACAAGCGGUCGAAUUCCAUCGGAUCUUCGGAGAUAGCGAACACGAGACGUAUAGCUCAGCUAUUCGAAGGUAACAAACGACGGCAUACUCCGAGUCCGGAGUCCAGGUCCGUCCGAUCAGGAUCCGCUAAUAACCCCGAAAUGGCACUCAGAUUACAAAGAAUGACGGAGAUAAUCGAGGGUAAAAGACGGGACACGCCGAGUCCCGAUAGAGCGAAACGGGAAACGAUAGGUAACCCAGAACUAGCAUUACGACGGCAGAAAGUGGUCGAUCUCAUCCAAGGCACGAAGUUGCGCCCACCCGAACCUCCACAGCGGAAGAACAGUGGAGAAAUGUCAUUCCGCAUGCAAAGGAUGUCUGAUAUGAUGGAGAAGAAGAGCGCAGAGGCGAAACGGCCGAAGAACGUCGGUAGGAGGAAGGCGGCGAGGGAGAUCAUGAGGCAGCGGUUCGAGAAGAGUCUGCAGAUGUUGGCAACUGAGCCGCGGAUGGACUUCGCGCCGUCCGCGGACUUGGAGAACGACUACGGGCUGCAGCAGUAUAGGGCUAGCGCGCCCGUGUUCGAGGAACGGGUGAAGAAACUGGAGAAGAAGUUGCAGCACUAUGAGGAGGGGCGAAUGGUAGGCGGAGGCACUCGAGCGGCGGGAGGGGGCGCGCGAGUAGCUCGCCUGGCCGCCGAGCUGUCGGGGUCUACCACCAACUCUUCGGCACCACGACCUUCAAAACCCAAGGACCUCAUGCGCUCCGUCGGGAAGAUCGAGCGCGACGACUGGAAUAUGAAAGAAAUUGAGAGGAAGAUAUUGGAGAACCGACUGGGCAGGCCAGAGCCGAAGACUGCCGAGAAGGUGCCCAAGUGGGACAGGGAGCAGUUCUUAGGACGUCAAAGGAGGCUAAAGGAAGGCGAGGGGAGCGAGAAAUGGGUAGAAAUCGACGAAACUCUGCACAAGCUAGACCAAAAACUGCGCGACUCUGGCCGUCCCGACCACGGGACGAAGAAGGUAGCUAAUUUAGCAACGAAAUUUGUUAAGAAAGACGAACCAGAAGCGGCGAAGAAUCAACCGAAAGAAGAGAUGAAGAAGAGUUGGCGCGGUCCGUCGUCGACUGGCAUGCAGUGCGCGGCGUGUGGCACGCGCGUGUUCGCCGCGGAGGGCGUGGCGGCCGACGGGCUGCACCUGCACCGCGCCUGCUUCCGCUGCGCCGUCUGCAAGACCGUGCUGCGACCGGGGAACUACACAAUGGAGCGUUACGGCAGCCGACUGGUCUGCUUACGUCACUCGGGCGCGAACGUGCCUGACUCGGCGACGCUGACCACGCCCACUCCUGCGCGUGCGCACGUGCCCACCUCCACACCGGAGCGCAUCAGCCUUGAGCUCUCCGACAGCGGUGCUAGAGAGAUUGAUGAAGAUGAAUGGACGGAUAGAAACUUCUUGGCCUCUGAGACGUCAGGCGCUGGCGGGCUGAGUGACGAGGAAGAGUCCAGCUCUGAAGAGUACACGGACGCGGGGGACUCUGAGGGCGAGGCGGAGCGGUCACCCGAGCCGCAGUGCAUCGCCGCCCCGCGCCCGCACCACGCGGACCUCUACUUCAGCGAUGACUCCUUCGGAUACGACGACUACUCAGACGAUGGCGCGGAGUCGUCUGGUAACGAGUCGUGUUCGCGCAUGCGCGCGGCCCGCGAGGCGCGCCGGCUCGAGGUGCCCGCCGACAGCUGCGUGCCGCCGGACGGGCGAGCGCCCACCGACAGCAGCGAGGUGGAGUCUGAAGAGGAAAGCGAGUCGAGUAGCGAGGAAGUGUCUUCAGCCACGGAGGUCUCCACCGAUAGCGAGUUUGCGCGCGAGGAGUGUGCCCCCGCGCCCGCGCCCUCCCCUCCCGCCAUCCUCGUGACCGAGGCGCCGCCCCCCGCGCCCCCGCCCCCGCACGAUUAUCCCCUCUCCCGCACGCGCUCCGCAGGCGGCCUGGCCACCAAACGAGCGUUGGAACUCAAACGAAAAUAUCUAUUAGGUGAACCCUCGCCCCCCGCCGUCCGCAAGUCGGAUUCAACGUCGCAGAUAGACACCAAGUUCGAAGCAUUCCGCUCCACUAUCACCGAAUUCCAAAAGCUGCUGCAUCCGGCGCCGGCGCCCGCGGCGCAGCAGCCCCAGAAGUCAGUGGUCACGUUCCAAGUGGCCGAGGAGAAGAAACCACAACCGAUGCCGGACAUCAUCAAAAAUCUGUGUAACGACGCGCCGGUAGAUCUCCUCACUAAAGGCGAUUCGCCGCUCUGCAAGGAUUGGAGAACGGACCCCGUGAAGGAGGAACAAAAGGACCCUGACUUGGAGUCAGAUUCUUUAUCUGAUGAUUCCUCGCACACGGAGACUGGGCCCAAUCAGCCGGUGCCACGAGUCGAGGUGCACGAUGAAGGCGGCGAACUGAUUCAACUGGACAGUUUGAUGAUAGUGAAUAGCACGGAAGACAACGACAAAGCUUCCGGGACUGCGACGGCUACGGGGCCCACGGUCAUCGCCGCCGCGGACUCGGAGUCUUCGGAGUCUUGUCGCGACGCCACAACUCUAGCUCUGACAGAGACGGAGCUGUCAGACUGGGCGGCCGAGGGGGCCGUGCUAGACGACUGCGGCUUCGACGAUAGAGAAGAACGGAAAAGGAGCAAGAACCCGCGGUCGCUCAGCGGACCCAAGUUGAUACACGACGCGAAGAACUUGUCGACAAUAUGUUCGCACGUGUGCGGCCGCACUAGCCCAACUGAACCGGUGCUCUACUCUAACGCGCUUGAACAUUUCGAAUUCGCCGACGAAGGCGACCCGGACCCUUCGCUAGAGAACCCCAUUACACCAAAGAACCAGGGCUACAUGGAACUGGUGGAGGACGAGUACUAUUCCCCGAACAACGACCGCUCGAUGAACUUCAUAGAGAAGAGUUAUUCAGAAACAGUUUUCAAGCCCGCUAGCCAAGACGUUAGCGUUCAUCAAGAGGACACGGAUGAUACCGAACAGAAGUCAGAAGCGCAGUGCGAUUUAAAAUCACCGCAACUUUUGACCUCGAUUGACAACGAACCGAGCGAGUCGACGAGUGAGAAGCGCUCUUCCGACAGCACCAAUAAUGCAACCAACGCCGACAUUGGCCAUCUGAGCUUAUCGGAGACGUCUCCGCCGCUCGAUAAAACCGAAAAAGUGUUCGUAGACGAAAUAUCCCCACCUCUAGUUACCGAGACGCCUAAAGCCGCGCAAGUGCCGCCGUCGAUACCGUUCACGUGUUCGAUGCGGCUGUACGCGCCAGCGAUCUGUCGGUCGGCGAGUGAGACCUUCCACCGGUCGACCUCGCCCAACACCGACUCGCCGACGCGCAGUGGCGACGCGUCCUUGUCACUGCACAUGAGCUCCGGCUCCGUGUCGCCCAUCAGUCCGGUGCUCGUCAAAGAUACUGUCGACAAAGUGCAGGAGAUCAAGAGGGAAAGGGAGGAGCAGACGGAGUUGGUGAGGAGACUGGUGCUGGAGCGGUUAGGUAGCGGGCCGCGGCAGGGGCGCAAAUCGUCGCGGCGGACACGCGCCUCACCGUGCAGUAACGUGCCGCCGCCGGUGCCCCCGCCGCCGGUGAUGGUCGCCUCGCCGCCGCCUCCACCCCCGCCUCGCCCCGCGCUCCCCGCGAUGCCUCUGCAGGUCACGCCCUCGUUCUCGGACCCCGAGCUGGCACGGGAAAGGCGACGGAAGAGCAUCAUGAAGAGCAUAACAAAUUACCUGAACAGACGGCUCGGACCGCGGCAUAAGUGGUAUUCGGAGCCGGAGCUGUCGUGGCAAGUAAGCGAAACAUUACGUACAUGUAUUGCGCCGCAGCGGAUCUCCAACGCGCACAAGUCGACGGGGGCGCUGCAAUCGGAGCCGCCCCCCGUCCCGCCGCCCCCGGCCGGUUACUGCUUGCCCAACGAACAGAGGUCGCCGCCGCCACGGUUACCUGCGUCGUCGAGUGCGUGCGACGUGGACGAGCGCGACGCGAUGCAGCUGUGGUUCGAGGCGCGUUGGGCGCGGCUAGUGGCGCAGCGACGCGCGCGGGACAUGUCGUGCGACGUGUCGCGUGACGAGCCUGUCGCGCGCCGCCUCGCCCGCCUCGAGCGGAGGCUCACCAGACCGCUCUCUGCGGAGCAGCAAGCGGCGACCGUCGCAGAGCUAGUCCAGGUCUCGGCGCAGCGUGAAGCGCACCAAGCACUCAUGGCAGCUGACAGCAGGCGACGCAGCGCCGCGGGCGGCGGCGUCGGGGACUAACUGCCCCUCACGACCUGUGAACCUGCGAUCGGUGUACAACCCCAGCGAGGCGUCACGCGCGGAACACUAUCGGCUUGCAACUGGUUUCAAGAAACGAUCUCAAUCUCAAUCUGUUUCUGGUUGGUUCAUUAUUGAGAUAGAUCGAAAAAGAGUUUGGGAUCGUUUAUUGAAAAUGGCGGUUAGUUGUAAUACGUUUCGGAUGUGUCCUCCGUGCUCACGUUCAAUGGCUUGCAACGGUAGCAAUAAAAUGUCGACUUGUGUGUUUGCGAUGCUGUUGUGAGACGCCACGUGGUUGUCUCGUAACCAUGUCUAAUGAAGGGCAAAGAUGUAUAUUAUUGUUUUUGUUUUAUUUAUGUAGGUAUAUGUUUAUUUUUUUUUAACAAAAACUAAUGUGUAGAGGACAUUUGACUAUAGAUAUAUAAAAAAUAUAUAUAUAUCAGAAUUGAAACAUAUACUUCACGUAAUGGUUAAUUAUUAUUUUUUAUUUAAUAUCGUGACUGAAUUUCAAAUGACUUAUCUUUAGGUUUCAUUGGAUGAUUAAACAGUAAUAUUAUGUAAGUAUUAAUUUUGAGCACGUGUUUUAUGUUGGGAUCAAAGGUUUUUCUUUUUAUUAUUUUGACGAAUUUUUAAGACGAAUAUAUUUAAGUAGUAAGUUUUAUCUUGAGCAAUAUAAUAUUCAAUAAUAUGGGACUUGUAUUACGUUCAACAAUGCUCCGUUCAAUAAUUUUAAUUACACAGUAUAUUUUAUAAAAUUAAUUUCCCGUUAUGUAAAUUUGCAGUGCUUUUAUAUUUAUUAUUUAACAAAUUGUUUUAUUUUUAACUUAGUGACCAAAUUGUUUUUUAACCUUCGCGUACAAAUCGUCUUCGGCGGGAAACCGGACCCCGGAGCGAGACGAUAAAAAUAUUACUAAAACUUAUGAUAAAGAUAAAGAACAAAAAAAAAACUUGUUUAUUUUUAAGCGAAUUUUUUUAUUUAAAUUUUUAAUAUAUUUUAUUUUUAUGACAUUAACUGAGACAUAUUUUUUGACCAAAAAACAUUGACACAAUAUUUAUUAUUCCAAAACAUAAAAAUAAUGACAAAUAAUAAAAACAUAAAAGCAAUGACUAAAGCACUUUGUCCGUCAUCGCAUGUUUAUGAGACAGAUUUAUGUAUGACGCCACAACCCUUCAAGCAAUCUUGAGCCGUAAAAGUAUUGGGUAAUAUACACAAGGCUAUUUUUAUUAUGAAUGUUAUUUCCUUAGUGUAUAGAUAUGUAGAUUUACGCGAUUCGAGUGCAGUCGGGGCAUUGUUUAUCAUAGAUUUAUAAAAAAUAAAUAAUUAAAAAAAAAAUUGCACGCUUUACCUACGUUGAAUACUUUGCUGAUUGGAAAGUGUGUUUUGUACCGCGGAGUAAUGCGUUUAUCUUGACAAUUUAGUGUUUGUUAUAAAGUAGUGAUAACACACCAUAAUGGCCUUUCAAAUAGUAAAUGACACUUAUAAGUGACACGCGGUAACACAUGUUCAAAUUUAAUUGAUUACAAACGGCGGGUGAAAGUGUAAUUGAGUAAGCGACAUCAUUGCGACAUUAAAUUUCAUAAAUAUUUAAAAUCAACACUUUUUUCUAUGCUUUUUAAACUAGUUAUUUUAAAAAAA